UUCAACUGGCUAGAGAAGAAUCAGUAACCCAAACAAACGAAUUACGACACACCGCGCUGAUGCAAUUGUUGAAAAUGUAAUGACAGUCAGAGCGAGGCUAGGAAUCCCACAAUACCAGGCGGGGGAGCUCCCUAUUCGACUGAGGCUGAACGGGGUUCAAUGAAUUCAGAGGGAGCUAGUAGAAUAGUAAUGCGGAGGGAUGUAAGAUGGCAGAGCUACAAAUGCUGCUAGAGGAAGAAAUUCCGGCUGGUAAAAGUGCUCUUGUUGAGAGCUACCAGAACCUUUCCAGGGUUGCAGAAUAUUGUGAGAACAACUAUGUACAGGCACAGGACAAGAGGAAAGCCCUCGAGGAGACCAAAGCCUACACCACCCAGUCCCUGGCCAGUGUAGCCUACCAGAUCAAUGCCUUAGCCAACAAUGUGCUGCAGCUGCUGGACAUCCAGGCGUCGCAGCUGCGCCGCAUGGAGUCCUCCAUCAACCACAUCUCCCAGACUGUGGACAUCCACAAGGAGAAAGUGGCCCGGCGAGAGAUCGGAAUACUGACUACCAACAAGAACACGUCACGGACUCACAAGAUCAUCGCCCCCGGCAACAUGGAGAGGCCAGUGAGGUACAUCAGGAAGCCCAUAGACUACACCCUGCUGGAUGACGUCGGCCAUGGUGUUAAAUGGCUUAAAGCCAAGCAACAUGGUAACACCCAGCCAGCCAGGGCAGGAGGAGGAGGAGGAGGAGGAGGAGGAGGAACCGGAACCUUAUCAAGGACGAAUCCACCAACGCAGAAGCCUCCGAGCCCACCAAUGGCAGGACGCGGAACCCUUGGGAGGAACACCCCGUAUAAGACCCUGGAGCCGGUGAAGCCACCCACGGUCCCUAACGACUACAUGACCAGCCCCGCCCGGCUGGGCAACCAGAACAGCCCGAGCCGCACCGCCUCCGUCAACCAGAGGCCCAGGACUCACAGUGGCAGCAGUGGAGGCAGCGGUGGGCGUGAGAACAGUGGCAGCAGCGGUAUGGGUGUCCCUCUGGCUGUGCCCACACCCUCGCCCCCCACCGGCAUGGCAGCAGCGUCGGCUCUUCCCCAGGGGCCCGGCCUCGGCCCCGUGCCCAUGUCCCAGUUUGGCACCAUCUCCCGGCAGGUGUCACGCCACGCCGCCUCCUCCGCCUCCAUGGUGUCGGCCACGGGCACGUACCGCCGCGCGCCCUCCGUCUCCUCCUCCCAGUUCACCUCCGCCCCCCAGGCCCACGUCAACGGGGGGCCCACCUACACCCAGAGCUCAGGUGUGUUCCAAUCAGUGACUGCAGCUCCACCGCCACCCCCUCCCAUGGUGCAGCUCACCCCUCAGAUCCCGCUAACGGGCUUCGUGGCCCGGGUGCAGGAGAACAUAACAGACAGCCCCUCCCCACCCCCACCCCCCCUGCCUGAGGACACCAUGAUGUUUGAGGAGGCCCACCCUCCUCCCCCCCCACCGCCGGUGGACUACGAAGACGAAGAUGCAGCGAUGGUCCACUACAGCGACCCCUACGCUGACGGGGACCCCCAAUGGGCCCCCAAAACUUACCUGGAGAAGGUGGUGGCCAUUUAUGAUUACGCAAGGGAUAAGGACGACGAGCUGUCUUUCAUGGAGGGCGCCAUCAUCUACAUCAUCAAGAAGAACGAUGACGGCUGGUUCGAGGGCGUGAUCAACGGUGUCACCGGCCUGUUCCCUGGCAACUAUGUGGAGUCCAUCAUGCACUACGCAGACUGAGGGAAGGUUGUGUGUGUGUGUGUGUGUGUGUGUGUGUGUGUGUGUGUGUGUGUGUGUGUGUGUGUGUGUGUGUGUGUGUGUGUGUGUGUUAAUGCAGAGGGACACCUGCCAAUCACAAACAAACAUUACAAAGUGCAUUUGGCUAUAAAAGAAUGUUUGUUUCCUUUUCUGUAAUUCUAAUGAAAACGUGCAAACCAUGACUGAAAAUGGGUAUUUGGGGCGGGGAGGUAUUGUUAAGUUGUUAUCGAAGGUAAACAUGUAAAGAUAUGAAUAAUAAUUAGUAUAUUUCCGGUUAGGUCUUUUUGUUGUAUGUUUUGUAUAUACAGUAAUGUGAACUGCAGCUUGUAGGUGGUCAGUAGUGUGUUUGUGUGCGUGUGUGUAUGUCAAUGUCUUGACCAGUCUAUGUAACAUGUCUUUUUUUUAUUUUUAUUAUUAUUAUUAUUAUUAUUAUUAUUAUUAUUGAGUCUGUUUUUAAAACAAACUAUUAUUUUUAUUCAGGUUUUGUACAAACAUUUUCCUAUCAUUAACAUUUGUGCAGAAUGUCUUUUGAAUGUCAUUUCUUGAUAUUUCUGAGCCUUGCAAAAUGACGAAAAAACUAAAAAUGAAGAAAAACUGA